AUGACAAGUGCUAUUCUCAGAAGAUCUUCUUCCAUAUUCUCACGGCGUUUCUUCGCCGCCGUAACUUCCGUUGAACCACUUCUGUCACGUCACAACAACCACGCUUUGUCCUCCGCUGUCUACGGCAAAGGAGACAUGCUGUUUCACGCCAAAUCUGGACCGUUGAGUUUCCACUCGUCGCCGGUUUCUCGCGGUGCGCAACUUGCCGUAGAUUAUGAUGAUGACACGCAAGAUGAAGGUGACGAAGGACUAGAGAUCGCGAAGCUUGGGAUUUCUAAGGAAAUUGUGAAUGCUCUUGCAAAGAAAGGGAUCACGAAGCUCUUCCCUAUUCAGAAAGCUGUGCUGGAACCUGCUAUGCAAGGGAGGGAUAUGAUUGGUCGAGCUAGAACAGGAACUGGGAAAACUCUUGCUUUUGGGAUACCUAUCUUGGAUAAGAUUAUUAAGUUUAAUGCUAAGAAUGGGAAAAGAAGAGAUCCUUUGGCUUUGGUGUUGGCACCGACCAGGGAACUUGCACGGCAGGUUGAAAAGGAAUUCAAUGAGGCUGCACCUAACUUGGAAACAGUUUGUCUAUAUGGGGGUAUGCCUAUUCAGCAACAAAUCUGCCAACUUGGUGGUGGCGUAGAUAUUGUAGUUGGCACACCUGGACGUGUUAUUGAUCUUCUCAAAAGGGGUUCCCUGAAAUUGAAGGAUGUUAAUUAUUUAGUUCUUGAUGAAGCUGAUCAGAUGCUUCAAGUAGGAUUUCAAGAAGCAGUGGAGAUUAUUUUGCAGAAGUUGCCUUCAAAGCGUCAAACUGUUAUGUUCUCGGCGACAAUGCCUUCUUGGAUAAAGACUAUUACACGCAAAUACCUGAACAAUCCCUUAACCAUUGAUCUUGUUGGAGAUUCUGAUCAGAAGUUGGCAGAUGGAAUUUCAAUGUACUCUAUUGCAUCCAAUGCGUAUGCUAAAGCAGGAAUUCUAGCACCUCUUAUAAAUGAACAUGCUAAAGGAGGAAAGUGUAUUGUUUUCACUCAAACCAAACGUGAUGCUGACCGACUAUCACAUAUAAUUUCAAAAAGCGUUAAAUGUGAAGCUUUGCAUGGAGAUAUUUCACAAACUCAGAGAGAAAGAACUCUUACUGGCUUUAGAAACAACUAUUUCAAUGUUUUAGUGGCAACCGAUGUUGCUUCCCGUGGGCUUGAUAUACCAAAUGUUGAUCUUGUAAUACAUUAUGAACUUCCAAAUUCUUCAGAGAUAUUUGUUCAUCGAACUGGACGAACAGGACGCGCUGGGAAGAAAGGAACUGCUAUUCUUGUCCACACAGAAAAUCAAUCCAGAGCUGUACAGUCGAUUGCACGAGAUGUUGGAUGUACAUUCACAGAGUUGCCUAAGAUUGCUGGUGAGAGUGGAUCAGAAGACAUGUUUGGUGGCAUGAGUGGGAGCCGAUAUGGCUCUUCAGGAGGUAGGGAUCGUCAAUCAGGCGGUUCAGGUUUUGGUGGUAGUUCUGGAUUUGGCCGAACUAGCAAUGGAAAAUCCAGUCGCUUUAGUAGCUCUGGUUCAAGUCAGUCAGAAGGUGGAUUUGGGGGAUUUUCUGGUAAAACAGAUAAAUAUGGUGGUGGAGGAUUUGGCAAUUCAGGUAGUUCUUGUGGCUUUGGAAAAUUUGGCUCUGGUAAAUUUGGGUCAUAUGGGGGCAGAAAUUGA